CUCACUACUUAACUUGUUACUACACUUUCAAGUAUUCUAGGAGUUAUCAAAAAACCAAAAGAAUUCAAAGAUGUAGCUACAAUAGCCCUUGUAGCAAAAAUAGUCUCCACUAUUCUUUUACCCCCUCUCUCUUUCUCUCUCUUCUUCAUUAAAAACCCUUUGAGAUCAAUUUCCAUAUCAAAAUCAAUAUCAAAAUCAAGAUCAACAACUCAAGAUCCAAUCUUAUUCUCUUAACUAGUCAUGAAUUCACUUGAAGAAUUCAACUCAUCAAACAACACACAAUCAAAAACCAUCAUCAACUUCACCAACACAACAACAACAUCAGAAGACAAAAACAUUACCAACUUCACAUCUUCUUCCUCCUCCUCCUCAGCACCACAGCCAGCAAACACCUUAAGCCGCUACGAGAAUCAAAAGAGAAGAGACUGGAACACUUUCGGACAAUACCUAAGAAACCAUAGACCACCACUCUCACUCUCACGUUGCAGUGGAGCACAUGUUCUUGAGUUCCUAAGAUAUUUAGAUCAGUUUGGGAAAACCAAGGUUCAUUCACAGAUUUGUCCGUUUUUUGGUCAUCCGAAUCCACCUGCACCUUGUCCUUGUCCUCUUCGACAAGCUUGGGGAAGCCUUGAUGCGUUGAUUGGAAGAUUGAGAGCUGCUUUUGAAGAGAAUGGUGGAAAACCUGAAGAUAACCCUUUUGGUGCUCGUGCUGUUAGACUUUUUCUUCGUGAAGUUAGGGAUUCGCAAUCUAAAGCGAGAGGUAUUAGCUAUGAGAAAAAGAAGCGUAAACGCCCUCAACAACAACAGCAACAACAACAACUACCACCACCAUCCAAUAAUGCAACUUAAAGUUGUGAUUUGAGGUUAAGUUACUGCAAUGUUAGGAAGAUACCUUUGGGAUUGGAUUAAUCUACACAGGAGUAUCAUGUACUGUGUUGGUAGAAGAAGGAAGCAGUGUUUGAGUGGUUUUUUAUGCAUUAAAAAUGACACUGAAAUGGCUCUGAGACACUGUCAAACCUGUAAUAAAAUGUUUCAAUCUUAAAUUAAUGUUAAUUAUAGUAUAUGAUGAAAAUAAUAUAUGAAUGGUUUCAAAUUUCAA